GCACAACCUGGAUGCAGGAGAUCGUUCCUCUGAUCCUAAGUGGAGGCGAUCCUGCCUCGGUUGAGACUCUCCACAACUGGGACCGUGUUCCUUGGCUGGAGGAGACUCGAGCUUCUGYUCUCAACCUGGAGGCCAGGCCAUCUCCGCGCAUGUUCACAACUCAUUUUCUCUAUAAUAUGAUGCCAGCAUCCUUCUUUGAAGUAAAACCAAAGGUGAUCUACGUCAUGAGGAACCCCAAAGAUGUGUGGACCUCUUUGUAUCACUAUCAUGGCAUGGCGUCCUUUCUGGUGAAUCCAGUGCCACGGGGCGAGUUCCUCAACAAAUUCCUUGAUGGAAGAGUUAUGUUCGGCUCGUGGUUUGAUCAUGUAAAGAGCUGGCUGAAUGUUGACGAGAAGCACCAGAUACUGCACAUCACCUAUGAGGAGAUGGUGAAGGACCUGAAGAACUCCGUGAGAAGAAUCGCUCAGUUCCUGGAGAAGCCGCUGGACGCCGAGGUGACGGAGCAGAUCACACAGAGAUGUUUAUUUAAGAACAUGAAGAAGAACAACAUGUCCAACUAUUCGAUGGUUCCUCAGGAAAUCAUGGACCCGACAAAGUCUGAAUUCCUCAGAAAAGGAGUGAUUGGUGACUGGAAGAACCUGCUGACAGAAGCAGAGGCAGAGAGCUUUGAUGCUGUUUGCAAAGACAAAAUGAAAGAUGUGAAGUAUACGUUUCCAUGGGA